GAUUCCUUUCACAGAUGACGAAGGUGCUUCCAAACACACUCCCCGCCCCCAGCUUGUCAAAACUUUUUUUUCAGAGAUUAAAACUUUAGUGCUAUCUUAGAGUGUUGUGAACAGUGACAGGAUGUUUUGGGACUUCAGUACCAAUUUCUGACACUGGGUGGAUCUCUGAAGUCAGGAGAAUAAGAAAAUAAAUCUUUAAUUGACACUUUUGGCAUGAGAAGAGUGGCUUGGGCUCCGCCCUGUUUGUUCAUGUCUUGACUUCUCCAUUUUUAAUCUGCUUCAGAACGGAAUGGUUUCCUGUGGCAUCAUUUUACUGUAGUUGACUGAAAGAAUAGGAAUAAUUUAUCACAGCAAAGCAGCAGAAUAGGUAGUGCAAUAUUCUUUCUGAUGAGAAACUUCAGUUGCUGAAAACACUGGGAAUCUGCAGCUCUUUUCAUAGGACUUAAACGCAUCUUACUUUUGAAAUACUUUUCCUGCACCAGCUCUGCUGAAUCUGGACCGAAGAGAAAAAGAGACUGCACUGGCAGUGCUUUGCAUCCUAUACAUUUAGGUAAAAGGUGUUGUCCUUCUUGAUUCCCAUGUCCUAUUACCAGGAGGAUUUCUUCAGAGAAUACCUCAAGAUGAUGGCGAAUAUGGUCAUCCUGAACUUGCUCAUUUGUAUUUCGCUGGUGUUCUGGAUCGUGUCCAUGACUGCAAGUACGUACUACGGUACUUUACGACCCAUUUCUCCAUGGCGCUGGCUUUUCUCAGUCUUGGUUCCACUAAUUAUUGCUACACAGGGUUUUAAGAAGAAGAGUCUUGAUCACAGUGGUGCUUUGGGAGGACUAGUGGUUGGAUUUAUCCUUACAGUCGCAAAUUACAGUUUCUUCUCUUCUUUGUUUGUAUUUUUUGUUACUUCUUCAAAACUUACUAAGUGGAGAAAAGAUAUAAAGAAGCAAAUAGAUUCAGAAUACAAAGAAGGUGGCCAGAGGAAUUGGGUUCAGGUAGUCUGUAAUGGUGGUGUUCCUACUGAGCUGGCUCUCUUAUAUAUGAUAGAAAAUGGACCGGGUGAAAUUCCUAUUGACUUUUCAAAGGAGUACACAGCAUCAUGGAUGUGCUUAUCCCUUUUGGGAGCUUUGGCAUGCUCUGCUGGUGAUACAUGGGCUUCAGAGAUUGGUAGUGUUAUGAGUAAAGGCAAACCAAGAUUGAUAACAACCUGGGAACAGGUUCCAGUCGGUACUAAUGGAGCAGUUAGUUUAGUGGGCCUGAUCUCAAGUUUGCUUGGAGGCAUGACAGUAGGUAUAGCCUACUUUAUAACUCAGCUCAUUUUUGUGACUGAUCUGGAAAUAUCUGCUCCGCAAUGGCCCAUUAUAGUGUUUGCUGCAGCAGCUGGCCUACUGGGAUCAAUUGUCGAUUCGUAUUUGGGAGCUACGAUGCAAUACAGUGGUUUUGACCAGACAAUUGGCAUGGUUGUUAACCACCAGACGAAAGACUCCAAGCACAUAUCUGGAAAACCUAUAUUAGACAACAACACCGUAAAUCUUUUUUCUUCUGUCAUCAUUGCUCUGGUGCUUCCAGGCACAGCAUGGUUUUUCUGGCCAAGGGGUUGAAAUAGUUUGAGGUUUUCUGCAUGCGAAUCAUUUAUGUUCAGUCUUGCUCAGAGACUCCAAAGAGUUCCAGUUGAACUCUCUUUAAGAGAUGGAUCUGAAACAUUCAGAGAGCCGAAGAACUUUCCAUCUCAACUUGUUAAGGCUGUAAGCCUCAUGUGACAAUCAGCGUCUCUCAGGAAGGUGCUUUGUCAAUAAUGCUCUUGCUGCUCCUCAGGUGGAUGUAGGUCAUUGCCAAGUGAGGUGAAGCACUUGAUUCAUUUGUCCUCCAUUUAUGGAGCUGAAGUGUUGGUGUCUAUUCUCUCCAGUUCCCAGCAUCUGGAAAGGCACAAAGCUGGAAAUAGAAGUCUAGUGCACAUCAAUCAGUGUGAUGGAGCCUUGUGGCUAUUACCCAAGUUAGACACAAAAUACACUGCAGCUUUAUAUAGAUAGGCAAUGGUAACAUUGGUGAAGUGGGUGAAUUCUGGUAUUUCUCAUUAUCUACAGUUUGUAAGGUCUUUUGGAAGUAUUUGGGCAGGGAAGAAAGAAUUCAACCUUACUGCCUAUUCUCUAUCCUGAUACUAUCACUUCCCUGAGAAUAGGUUUUAUAAAAAUGAUCCAUACAUAACAUUGGAAACAAAAAUCUAAAUUUAAAGUAGAAAGUUUAAGCUGUUCCAGUAAGAAUAAUAAAUUUUCUGUGCUUUUUUGACAUCUUUAUUUCAAAAGUAAUGAUAUUUAUGAAGAUUUGUCAGUACUGUGGUACUUAUCAAAUACUUUAAAAUUAAAGAUGACAGUUGUGGAUUCACAGUCGUCUUUUUAGAAAGAUAACUUUUUUCCUAUAAAUAUAGAAUUGUUCCUUUGUGUUUGGCAUUCUAACCAAACUAUACUCCUUGAUUAUUUCUCAGCAGUGGAAAUGUUUCCCAUUUUGUUUGGGCCUUCUAUUUAGAGAUGAUGGCCUCGGCCAAAGAAGCUACAGAUGUUAUCCUUGAUGCAAAUGGGGGAAGUCACACAUAUAAACCAUUUAAAAAUAGAAAUUUAAUUUUUGAUGCCCAGUGUUAGGUAAUUCUGUCUUCUGUCAUUCAUUUAUAAAAGUUGUGGAAGUAAUGUAGCCAGUACAGAUUGUAUUUAAAUUUAAGAGAUACCUUUUAACUUAUGAAAAGCUUUUCCUUUUUUGUUAGAGAUAGAUGAAUAUUUUGUAUGGAACAUCUGGGGUUUUUUACAAGUGUCUUGUGUAUAUUGCCUGUCUUAAUUCAAUUUACUUUUUUUAUUUUGUCACCUUUUAUGGGAAUAUUAAAAAACUUUAACACUUUCCAUACUGAGUUUACUCUUUAGAAAUCUAGUCUAUACAGACCUGGAAUUCAUCACUGGAACUACUUCACUGUAUUACCUAUUAGAAAGAUGAGAUCUCAAAGUAGUAAAAGCUUUUUGAAAAGAACAAAUUGUAUAGCUGCUCUGUUUCUGUUCCUGUGGAAGGGCACAAAAUUAUGGAAGUAAUAUAUGCACUUAAAAUGUAACAAUAAAGACUUUGGAAUUUUAUGCACUGUUUGGACUUAUGCUGCUUCUAAAUAAACACUGUAUUAGUUGUCUUCUAUGA